GAAUAAUAAGGUAAAAAAAUACCACGGGUGUUUGCACUUUAUUGUUUAGAUAUUUGUUGUAUAUACUUAUCCACGAUCUAUUUUUUGAUCCAUCAUGUCUCAGCAUGUCUGUCCCUGUCGCCUUCAACGAUAUUGGUAAGCCCGCCAAGGAUCUUUUGUCCAAGGACUACCCCAUUGGUGGUGUUAAGCUUGAGGUCAAGACCACCGCCCCCAACGGUGUGACCUUCAAGGUCAACGGUCAGCGUGACAACAAGACCGGUAUCAUUGUUGGUGACCUUGAGACCAAGUACGCCGACAAGGCCAAGGGCGUCACCUUCACUGAAGCCUGGACCACCUCCAACCACUUGAACGGCAAGAUCGAGCUCGAGAACAACUUGGCCAAGGGCCUUAAGCUCGAGUUGUUGACCUCGCUCCUUCCCUCCGUUAACGAGAAGGGUGCCAAGAUCAACGCUACCUACAAGCAGCCCAACGUCCACACCGUUGCCACUUUCGAUGUCUUCAAGACCAACUUCAGCGUCAACUCUGUUGUUGGCCGUCAAGGUUUCCUUGCUGGUAGUGAAGUCUCCUACAACGUUGUCGAUGGCAAGAUCAGCCGUUAUAACGCUGCUUUCGGUUACUCUGCUGCUGAGUACGCCGUCGCCGUCCACGUCACCAACAACUUGAACAGCUAUGCUGCUUCCUACUACCACAAGGUCAACAGCGACCUUGAGGCCUCUGGUAAGGCUUCGUGGGAUGCCUCGGGCAACAACGCCGUUGCCCUCGAGGUCGGUGCCAAGCUCAAGCUCGACAAGUCUGCUUUCGUCAAGGGCAAGAUCGCCAACUCUGGUGUCCUCGGUGUUGCUUACACCCAGGCCCUCCGUCCCGGUGUCAAGGUCAACCUCGGUGCCUCCAUCGACACCACCCGUCUCAACGAAAACGCCCACAAGCUCGGCCUUUCGUUCACUUUGGAAAACUAGAUUUAGUAAUAAUAGUAUAGAAGGCGACAACUGCGAUGAUGUUUGCUUUGUUUUCAACUACCAUAAAAAUUCAGUAAUAACUUUUCCGUCCCUCAAAA